AGAGAAUGAACUUGAUUCGCACAAGAAUUGGAACUUUUGGUCGAUGACCAUUCUUUUACAAUCUUGACAAAAGAAAUACUUCACCAUGGUAGGCCUGAUCCCUCGACUCGUGCUCGAUGAAGAAGAAGUUUCGAAGAUAAUUCACGACGCUCCCACUGAUGAUUGCGGUGAUCCUGAGAAAAGAGAAAURAGUUUCAUUGYCAAUCAAAAUGGCUUCGAUGCGAGCAGCAACUCGGAAGGAAUCUCGGAUGGAACUCCAUCAUCCGCAUUGCAACAAAUAUCUCUUCCUGGCUUCAUAGCAGACCCGAAGAAGCUAGUCGAGAAGCUACAGCAAAUCAUCGUUGAUCUACCAGAAAAUUUACRCACUGCUCCGCACGUGAUAAGACAUGCGGCAUUGGAACUUCCAACACAUGCAAGUGAAUUUGCGGCAAACAUACCCUCGACGUUGGCGGAACUCCCUACAACUAUCAUCACKUGGACUUCAAACGGCCAAAACAUGAUCACGACCACUGUCAACGUCAUCAAAAAUCUUCCACACAAAGCAACAUUCCAAUGGAGGCAUCUAGUUGGAAUUUUGACCGUGAUGAUUUUUAGUCCGCUACUUGGCGAAGUCGUUAUGUUUUUCCCCAUGAAUUCUGUCGACGAUGGGCCAGACAAWAAUCGGAUUUUCAUUUAUGGUACUAUGACACUCUAUCAACUGUUCAUGAUACUCCCAUGGGUAAAAACAUGUAGCUAUGCUAUGCCUCAAGUCAAAAUUCCCUUUCGCGCCAGGAUGUGUGCGCUCUCAUUUGGCUUGAUUAUUGCAAAAUUAAUUGACGUAUCAUUGACAAAAGGAAUCUUUACCAACCAACCCAUAUUUCCGAUUCCAUUUUCAAUUCUGGUGACGGGAACCUUGGGCACGCUUCCAGUUGUCCCAAUAUUCUAUUGCAUGACCCCAAAGACGAACCGAAAAAAGGGAAAUUUCAGUCUCGUGUUUUCUCUGCUAGUCGCUUAUUGGGUUGCGCUCCUCGUGGUGAUCGGUUGGGCUAUCGGUAUUCAACGGCUACAGGGCAAUUCACUCCAAUACCUUGUAUUGUUUUCUUAUGCAGUCUUGCGAUUCAUUUGUAAGAUCAUUAUAUGUGCAAAUGUUUCAACACGUCUGAAGUCAGAACGGCACAUUCAGCUUAAUCUAGUUGUUGAUAUUCUCUUCACAAGGGUCCAGGUUGCUACAUGGCCCUUCAUUGACAGUCCUUUUACUCUGAUGGCGCUUUUUGCCAGUGAAUCGUCUGUCAUAAUAUGGCGCUACUAUAAUGGUGUCGAUCGUCUUCAACUGUGGUGGAAGGCAAUAGUGACUUCAGUCAGUCUGGAAGAUGAGGACGACCACGACAAGAGUAUCAAACUUUCCAAACGCGAAAGAUUGAAAGGUAUCACAGAAGCCUGUUUCACGGCUUCAAAUCAAUACAUAAUCAACAUGAGCCUUAGCGAAGACAAACKAGACGUAAUUCGGAGUUUGGCAUCCUGUAAKACUCCAUCAACACUAGAAGUGAUGACGGACCUCGAAUCAUCUUCAACAUCGUCUGACAAUCGCGAGKCCGACAAUGGAGCAAUCGUCGAGCUUGCCAAUCUUUGCAACCGUGAGAACCAUGAUGGAACCAUAAUCAUCGAACAAUCCUCUGCGGCGAACAAUACCACCAUUCUUUUUGACGACGACGACGACGAUGAAGAAGACGGCUCAGGGCUGCAUGGUUCAGCAAGCAUCAUGCGAAGGGCAAGGGAGAGCGCCGAUAUUUAUGGUGCUCACUAUACUACUGGAUUAACUGCUUCUGAUAACGAUGGUGGCGAUGAUACAAGCUUUGCUGCKGACUUUGCUUGCAAAGGCGACAUUAAUGCUGGAUCGCUGAUGGAAUUGGGAAUCGAACGGAAUGCAUUUGCAGCCGUCCUUCGGCGUCAUGRRGGAAAUAUCAUUGUCGACGAUGACAAUGAUGUCGAAGAUGGCAAUACUACAGAUCUAACUGAUGUCGAACUCGAAGAUAGAUCCUCAUCGCCCUUGCCCUUUCCCCUCGUUGAAACAGCAUCAGCAACGCUGGAAGCGAGGCCAGCAAGAUGUAGAGAGACCUGGGAACAAAGAGACCUAUAUCAUAUGGUGGAUUCCACAGGAUCCCUCUGCAUCAAUAUUGUUGUUCGUAUGAAUCAGCAGCUCCUGUUUGUUGCAGUUCGGAAUCUUCCGAGCUCCCAACACCUGAAUCAAUCCUUCAAGAUCAGUGACGAGCGUUGGAGGGAGGCACAGAUUUAUGGUAGUAUCUAUAUCAUCUUGAUGCUUGGACUGGCAGUAGGGAUCAAUUUUAGUAGUGUCUUUUUCAGUAAGAAGAAAGGCUUAGAGGGAAAGAAGCUUUCUUUGGGCCGGGUACUAUCCUAUCUCUUCAAGGAUAACUUCUGGUUCUUUUUCUUCUGGCUCAUAUCGACCGGAGCACUUGUGAGUUCUGCCAUGGUGAACCAUUUUGGUGCAGACUUUUCCAUGAAUUUUGAGUAUCUGAACUGUCUAGAGGAAAUUGAAUGGCCGGGAUGCCCAUCCUAACCGACUAACAUGCUAGCCGGUGGGAACAAACUAGACUUUCAUGGGUMCAAGCAAGUUACUGAACAAUUAGUCCAUGAUCGUGAUUAUCCAAACUAAAGCGACUGUUCGGGGAAGCAUAUCAUAUUCAAUCGUACAAGGUUGUAACAAUGGCAAGUGAACAAAAAUAACUAAGGAAACUAAAACUGGUGGAAACAUUUUAGGAAAGAUAAACCCAACCUACACGAAACCGUAAUGUGGCUGCUUCUAGAUCACAUCAUGUUUGAAACUCAAGUUGGAACGAAGCCCGAAUACAAAAGAACCUGCGAAUAUCUCCUUCGAUGUCGACGCCAAAGAAACAGUUCCGUAUCACGGUGUUUCACAUCAAUUUAAUUGUCACCGUACUCGAUGUAGUUCCCUCACGUAGUUCCUAAAAAAGGUGUAAAAGUGAAGAUAAAUGUAGAAAAAUUGGAAGUGAUAAAAAUAAAUAAAAAUAGACAUUCUAAUUUACAAAGUGCGCGUGCGUGAUGUACAGUUCAACCCUAAAAGACGACCAACUCUUUCUCCGCUCGUGACACCGGAUUUCGGAAUAUGAUACAGUGUUCAGGUAGGUAGGUAUGCAGCGGGUCAAAAGUCGCGGACGGGAAAGGAUUUGAUAGAUGGUGUCAAUUGGUUGCUUCGCCACUACCGCUGGCAAUGAUUGUUCGCGGUACUUUGCUGCUCGGCCACUUGUGCCAAACGCAAUGGUUGACUUCUCUCCCGAUAUUCUUGUUCGAUCUCGUUCGUGGCAUUCUGGGAGAAAUAAAUUCUACUGAGCAGUGAUUGAUUCGUUCGUUCCGUGAAAAUAAGAAGCACGGUCGAGCCGAGCGGUGCGGUGUUUGCAGCUUGGUUCUUCGCUGUUCCGAAGCAAAGCAUUCGUGGCGAUGACUUUCUUGAAAAGAAAUAUUAGAUUCCUUCCGUUCAAUUCGAGAAAACCUCAUCAUUGAAAAUCUUCGUCGACGGGGAUGAUGUCAGAGACAAUUCCUUGCUUCUGUAGGCCCUCGUUGUAGACUUCCGCGACCUCAAAGGCAAACAUACCGACGCUGGCAAUUCCGUUUUGGUGCGCCAUCAUCAUCGUCUGGUACGCAUUCAUCUCUCCCAUCCCGGUAAUCUGGACCAGGGCACGAGCGACGUGUUCUCUCGUGUUGUCUCCGUCGUUGUAAAUGCGAACUUCCCAAGUUUCUCCACCCUCGCGGUGGCGUUGCUUCGAUAGCGAGCUGCUCUUCUUCGUCGCGGGGCGUUCGAGAACAGCUGGGGCCUCGGCCAAACCAGCCGCCAUUCCCAUCGCAACACUGCGGCUGCUGGUUCUCGAUGCGGCGAGAGGAGCCUGUGAAAAGUGAAACGCAAGAGUUUGGGUGCAAACGGCGAAGAAGAACAGGGAAAGAAGAGAAAGGACUUUCAUGGUGGAAAUCAUUUUUCGGUGUAGUGCUUUGGUGUGUCUGUGACGGGGUGAGUUGUUCGUGAGUUUGUACGAGUACUAUCAAUCAAUAGAUCAGUCUGCCAGAU